ACUUUCUUCAUUUAAAAUCCAAUAUUCUUACACACUGAAAUCUGAAGUAUGGCAAGAAUGAGAAGUUGCGUUCAACUUGGUUUAGUUCUGGUGCUCAUCAUACAUCUGCAGUUACUGCAUGUCAAGAGUGAUGCUACUGGUAAUAUUAGUAGAGCAAGUUUUCCUAAGGGCUUUACUUUUGGAACUGCCUCUGCAGCCUACCAGUAUGAAGGGGCAGUCAAGGAGGGUGGAAGGGGACAAACCAUCUGGGACAAAUUUGCACAUACACCUGGAAAGAUAAGUGAUGGAAGUACUGCUGAUGUGGCUGUGAACCAGUAUCAUCUGUACAAUGAAGAUAUUAAACUUAUGAAAAAUAUGGGAAUGGAUGCUUAUAGGUUUUCCAUCUCCUGGUCUAGAAUUUUCCCCAAUGGAACUGGCAAAAUUAGUCAAUCUGGCGUCGAUCAUUAUAAUCAUUUCAUCAAUGCUUUAGUAGCCAGUGGAAUUGAACCAUAUGUUACCCUCUACCACUGGGAUCUUCCUCAAGCACUGGAUGACAAAUACCAAGGAUGGCUCAGCUCCCAAAUAGUUAAUGACUUUGCUGCAUAUGCUGAGACAUGCUUCCGAGAAUUUGGUGACAGGGUGAAGCACUGGAUGACUUUUAACGAGCCCCAUACUUUUGCCAUACAAGGCUAUGAUUUAGGUUUCGAGGCACCAGGAAGAUGUUCCCUUCUUGGCCAUUUGUACUGCAAGGAAGGAAAUUCUGCAACUGAGCCUUAUAUUGUUGGUCACAAUGUUCUACUUGCGCAUGGAACUGCCACCGAUAUAUACAGAAAAACGUACAAGAAAAAACAAAAUGGAAUAGUGGGAAUAGCAUUUGAUACUUUUUGGUAUGAACCAACAACAAACUAUACAGCGGACAUAGAGGCUGCCCUGCGUGCAAUGGACUUCAACUUGGGCUGGUUUGUCGACCCAUUGAUGUUUGGGGAUUAUCCAAGUUCAAUGAGAAGCAGAGUAGGAAGUCGCUUACCAAAAUUUUCUGAAGCUGAAUCCACUCUUCUUAAGGGUAGCCUUGAUUUUUUGGGCAUUAAUCACUACACAACAUGGUAUGCUUCAAACAGUUCCGUGGAAAGCAUUCUCAAUGAUUCCAUUGCAGACAUCGGUGUCCUUACUCUACCAUUUAAAGAUGGAAUACCUAUUGGUGACCGCGCCAAUUCUAUAUGGUUGUACAUAGUACCUCAGGGAAUGAGAAGUCUUCUGAAUUACGUCAAGACAAAAUAUGGGAAUCCCUUGGUCAUAAUAACUGAAAAUGGUAUGGAUGAUGCAAAUAGCCCAUUUACUUCUAUUAGCGACGCGUUGAAGGAUGAAAAAAGGAUCAAAUACCAUAAUGAUUACUUGACAAACGUGCUUGCAGCUAUCAAAGAAGAUGGAUGCAACGUGAAGGGAUACUUUGCCUGGUCUCUAUUAGAUAACUGGGAAUGGGCAGCUGGAUUCAGUUCAAGGUUUGGUCUGUACUAUGUUGAUUACAAUGACAAGCUUAGAAGAUAUGCAAAGGACUCAGUUCAUUGGUUCCAGAAAUUCUUGGCCCCGAAUUAGUGCAACUGAGCCUAAAACAUCAGUAAAUUCACUCAUUCAAAGAUUGUAAAAACCAUCUUUUCGGGAACUUGCAAUAUAAUGUGCUUCUCCGCAUUGAUAAA